AUGAGCUCGAGACAUCGUGACAGGAGUCGCUCACGGUCUCGAGACCGCGAACGUCAUAAGGACCGCGAUAAGACUAGGGAUCGGGACCGAGACCGCGAGCGCGACAAGGAACGCGACAGAGACCGGAACCGUGAUCGUGACCGCAAUCGUGAUCGCGACCGAGACCGACACAGGUCGAAAAGAGAUAAAGAGCGCAGCCGAAGUAGGGAUCGAGAUAGGCACAAGGACAAGCGUCGGUCCCGGAGCCGCUCACGAUCAGGCAGCCGAAGUCGCAGUAGAAAGUCUAAAGACAGCAGGGAUGGAACUAUCGCCCUGCUGGACCAGAUGGUGGGCACCACCACGAAAGCCACAGCUCGCCAGGUGACCACCAAUGGCUCAAUAAAUCCAGCGACACAAGCUGCCAUCCUCGCUGCUGCUGCAGUAGCACAGACGUUUGUGGCGCAGCGUCGUAUGGCGGCGCCCGUGCAGCCGGCCGCCGCCGCAGCGGCCGCGCUCUCGGCCGCCAGCGCCAUCCCGCCUCCCACCUCGGUGCAGCAGAAGCUCGAGCUGCUGCAGGCCAGGACCGAGUCGCGCUACAGGGACAAGCGCGACGACUACCACCCGGACGACGACAAGGAGGAUGGCCAGGGGCCGCCCGGCGAGACUGCAGCGGAGCGUAGAGCACGACGUCGUCGCACCCGCUGGAUGGGAUCGGAGCAUGACAAGACUUUCAUCCCGGGUCUGCCCACCGUUCUGCCAUCCACGCUGACCCGAGACCAGGAGGAGCAAUACUUACUUCAGCUGCAGAUCGAGGAGGUGAGCAGGAAGCUGCGGUCUGGCGACCUGGGCAUCCCGGCCAACAUCGAGGAGAGGUCACCGUCGCCGGAGCCCAUCUACUCUACGGACGGCAAAAGGCUGAACACGCGCGAGUACAGGACCCGGCGCAAGUUGGAGGAGGAACGCCACCGUCUGGUGCAGAGGAUGCAGCAGAUCAACCCGGACUUCAAGCCGCCCCCAGACUACAAGCCGCCAAUCAUUCGUGUCCAUGACAAGGUGAUGAUUCCUCAGGAAGAGCAUCCCGACAUCAAUUUUGUGGGGCUCCUGAUUGGACCACGAGGCAACACCCUCAAAGCAAUGGAGAAAGAGACUGGGGCUAAGAUCAUUAUCAGAGGCAAAGGUUCUGUGAAGGAAGGCAAAGUGGGAAGAAAGGAUGGGCAGCCACUGCCUGGUGAAGAUGAGCCCCUCCAUGCAUACAUCACUGCAACAAAUGCCGACUGUGUCAAGAAAGCCGUUGAAAAGAUCAAGGAGGUGAUCCGUCAGGGCGUGGAGGUGCCCGAGGGCCAGAACGACCUGCGGCGCAUGCAGCUGCGCGAGCUGGCGCAGCUCAACGGCACCCUCAGGGAGAACGACGGCCCGCGCUGCGCCAACUGCACCGCCACCGACCACAAGACCUGGAUGUGCCCUGAUAAGCCGAACGUGACCAAUAGUAUUGUGUGUUCUUCGUGCGGCGGUGCGGGCCACAUCGCGCGUGACUGUCGCGCCAAACGACCGGGCCAAGGGCAGAUAAUGCACCACGCCAACAAGGCUAAGAUCGACGAGGAGUACAUGUCGCUGAUGGCGGAGCUGGGCGAGGCGCCUCCGAAUGCGGGGGGCGGCGCGCCGCCUCGCCGGGGCCCGGGGCUCUUCCAGCAAUCGCAGCCUCCGCGCGCCAUCAUGGCGCCCCCGGGCAUGAUUCCAGCGUCACUGCCGCCGCCGCCGGGCGCCUUCGCCCCGCCGCCGCCGCCCCACGUUCAGGCCGCCCAGCCGGCGCCCUGGCUAGCGGGUGUGGCGAACAAUCAGCCGCCGCCGCCGGGCAGCGCGCCGCUGCCGCCGCCCUCCUUCCCGCCGCCACCGCCGCCCAACCACCACCAGCACAUGCAGCACCACCAGGGUGAUAACCAAAUGGGCGGAGGUGCGAAUAUGCCGGGCGGUCCUCACAUGCCUCCGCCACCUCCUGGCAUGAUGGGCAUGGCGUGGCGCGGCGCGUUCGGGCCGCCCUGGGCGGCGCCCGCGCCCCCCGCCUUCCUGGCGCCGCCGCCGCCGCCCCCGCCUGCCUCCUCCUGC